AUGUCUUCUUUGAUUGGGCUAGCUGAAUGUGGGAAAUCGACUGCAUCCCAUUGCCCGAAGUCUGGCGCGGAUAAUUGGAUUUUUCUUCUAUUCCUUACUAACACUCCAUCAGCGAUAUGUUUGGCCACCGUCCUUGCCAACGGCACGCUCAACGAGCUCGCUCGGGAUCUGGAACGUGUAGAGUCAAUUCGAGCGAUCAAGAAUGUACAAAGAACAUACUCGCAACUCGCGCAAUUCGGACGUUACGAUGACAUGGCGACGCUCUUCGCGCCUAACGGAACGUUGCGAUGGGGCAAUUCAACGGCGAAUGGAGUACCUGCUAUUGCAAGCUGGCUGCACGCCGAUUCUGGCCAGAUGAACGGCCUGAAUCCUGGUUCUCUGGAUACACUCAUAGCAGAAAAUCCAGUUGUGAGCUUAUCCGUUGAUGGACAUACAGCCAAAGCUCGCUGGAACGGCUUGCGCUUCCAGGGCGACGGGCAAGGCGCAACGCGUAUUCAAGGUGGUAUAUACGAAAAUGAGUACAUUCAGACUGACCAAGGUUGGAAACUCUCUCUUCUGAAUUACUACGCCAUGUACGCCGGGCCUUAUGUUGGAGGUUGGCGAAACGUUGGCGGUGGCUUACCGAUUGUUCCUUACCAUUUCACACCGGAGGGAUCUGGCAUCCCCAUUCCAAAGCCAGUGGGUGAAGCUCCAAUGACCAACCAUAGUAUUGCGGAUCUUGAAAAACGAAUUGGCCGUUUGAAUGAUGAGGAUAGCGUUCGAAAUCUAAUGCAUGCUCAUGGAUAUUACGUGGAUCGACGCAUGUGGACGGAUGUAGUGGAGCUGCACACCACGAACACCACAGUUCAGAUACACCGUGGGGCAGAUACAACAAUUUUCACCGGACUCGCAGGUGCUCGUACAGCUCUGGAGCGUAUGGGGCCAGAGGGAUUGGUACAAGGGAUUAAUAACGACCACCCAAUUUUCGAUAUGAUUGUCGAGGUAGACCUCAGUGGCAAGAAAGCCAUUGCUCGCGGGGUCGAGAUUGCCAUGGUUGGAGAUGCGAAGAACAGGACAGCUUCAUGGGAGUUCAACGUUUUUCGCAAUCAUCUCAUCAAAGAAGAUGGUCUGUGGAAGGUACAAACGAUCGAUAUUACGCCACUUGUUGUCGCAGACUACUACAAAGGAUGGGGCGAUGGUGGUAUAAAUCCUCACAACACCCAUGUGCCACCAUUUUUAAAUAGAUCUAGCCACAAUAACCCAAACAGUGCGAAUAUCAAUGAUACGGAGACCAGCUUAGAUGAGCUUAAUCGUCGUCUCGCUCGCUCAGCCGGGUUCGAUGGAGCCGAGAACCAAUCCCACGCGUACGGAUAUCUCCUGGAUGACCUUCAAUGCGGACUAAUGGGCGACCUUUUCGCAAAGCGUGGCCACAAAGCAUCACCAUUCGCCGGAUUUUUCAUCACUCCAGAGCGCAUCACCAAAGCAUGCUAUACCUCGUAUGGUACGAACAGGUCUGCACUGAGAUCAAGCAUCUCAUUUCACUGGCGUCCACAACCAGUGGUACUUGUUUCCGAAGAUGGCCGUUCAGCUACCCUGAGGGCGAGAUUGCUCCAACCUUCGACUUCGACCACGAGAGCGGGGAGUUUCAAUGGCGCAAUAUAUCACGACCAAAUGGUUCUGGAAGACGGCAAAUGGCGACUGUGGAGUGUAACGAUCGAUGAAUUCUAUUGGCAGUCAGCGUCUUGGGAGGGAGGCUGGUCGGACGCGAAACCAAGGAAUAGCAGCGAGCCAAACCCUGGCGGUGCAGGGUGGACCAAGAACUAUCCCCCGGACAUUACCAUCGCUGAUAUUGGAGAAAGAGAAGCAACCUUCAGAGGUGGUAGUGUAUCGCAAUCCCGUGAGCGGCCGCACACCGGACUAUUAUUGGCCUGGAUGUGUUCCAUGUCAAGCGAAACCAGACUGGGCGCUGGAAGCAAACGGAUUCCAGGAGCCUCCCACGGGUCCAUCGUUGCGAAUGAGGGCUGGGCGGACGAGAAUCGUAAAUAA